CAGGUGCUCUUCCGGUUCCUGGCCAAAACUCCUGGGACCAACGAGGCUAACUUCCAGGUGUGGGGCAAGAUGUUCGACCUAGUCAACGUCGUCUGCACCACUCAGGCCCAUCGCACCAGUCGGCGAGCCGCGUCCUACAUCAUCCCCGGGCUAGUCAACAAGAUCGGCGAUAUGAAGUGUGGCCAGGGGGUGAAAGGCGCCCUCUCUGCCGUGUGUGAGGCUGUGGGGCAGAGCUAUGUGGUGAGUGUCACGGCCCAAACGGUGAUGGAGGGGUCGAAUGUUAAGAACUACGCACACACCCUGAGUUGGGUGGGCGGGUGUGUGGUGGACUUUGGGCUGAAGUGUGAUAUGGACAUGCAUGUGAAGUUUGUCAAGACCGCGGUAAGCCAUAGCAACGCGACCAUCCGGAAGGAGGUGGUGCAGUUGCUAAGGACCUUGUUUACCUACACGGGUGAGGGUUACAGGCGGCACUUUGAGGACGAGAAGGCUGCCAUGGUUGAGAAUAUUGAUCGGGCGUUAAAGGCGGCACUGAUGAGUACUCCAGACGCACCUACCCGUUUCGAAUACAAAGAGGACUCAAACGCACCCAGGAAAAAAGAAGUCGGGGGCCAGUUGUCCGCGGGAUCUGCCCUCACGCCUGCCGACGGACUGACGCGGCGUGUGACUGCUGAGAUCACUCAGGAGUUUGCCAAUAUGGGUGUUGAGGACGGUGGCGACGGUAACCAUGGCAACGCCCGUGGUGAUCCCAUGCAGGUGCAGGACGAGGCCGUGUCGCACCGAACGGUCCACUCCGACGAACCGCGCACUGACGUGAGCCCGAAGCUCGGGGACGCCCUAUGCAACCAGCUCAACGACAGCGACUGGAAGACACGGCAGGAGGCACUGAUGCAGGUACAGACCAUCCUCAAGCAGGCCGGCAAGCACGUGGCCGACCGCGUGGGCGGGCUACCUACCGCCCUCAAGCAACGGCUGCACGACUCCAACAAGAACCUGAUAGCCCUGGCGCUGCAGCGCAUCACGCUGUUGGUUGAAAGCAUGGGCCCUGGGUGUGAGCAGGUGCGGCGUGUGCUGCUGCCGGGUGUGCUGAGUGCUCUGAGCGAUAAGAAGCUCGCCAUCACCUCGGCGGCGGUGGAGGCGCUCACGGCCUUUAACGGCGAAUUGGGACCGUUGGCCCUGUUGGAUGAGGUGCAGGUGGCCCUGGACUCGCAGCACUCGCAGCUGCGCACGCACCUGCUGGGGUGGGUGCUAUCGGUCCUGCAGCGGGAAGGGCAGGGCCUGCCCCAGGGCUCGUUAAUAGGACUGGUGCGCCCCGUGUUGCUGUGUUCGCAGGACCGCAUGUCUGGCGUGCGCACGCUGCUGCACAAGAUAGUACCGUAUCUGGUGCUGAACUGUGGCGUGGCAGGCGUCAACCAGGAGAUAGACCGCGCCGACACCUUGGCCAGUGCCAAGAGUGACAUGCGCGAUGUGGUCACGCGCUUUGGACAGCCGCCCAAGCCAGCGGCACCCAAGGGCGUGUCAUCGCAGGUGUCAGUCGUGUCCUCGCAAGUGCCCGAGAGCACCCCUGGCGCAGAAACAGGGGGCGCUGGCUAUGAACAGGGCAGACCCAGUCCUCACAAGCACGCCCCAGGUGCAGUAGGGGCCGUUGCAGGCGCUAUAAAUAGAUCGGGCGGGCGAUCUGUACCCACGAGCGGUGGCAGCACGCGGCGGUCUCUGGCGGCGGUGACGAGUAAGAUUGACAGCCGAAGGUCUAUCUCCGGUAUAGCGCGUCCCGGUUUUCAAAGCGGGAUUGGUUCGUCGAUAGGCACCGGGCCUAGCCCGAAACGGAGUAGUUCUAUAAAUAACUCAUCGAGCCGGUCAGCCUUACCCAAAUUUGGGGGAGUGGGGUGGCCACCUGAGGCAGGGCAUCCCUGUAUGGCGGGUGAUGACGUCCCGUUGUCAAUGAUGCCUGGAGAUAUAAAGCAACGCGAGAUGAAGAACUUGCGCAGUCGGUGGGAGUGUCAUGUCACAGGACCCAGAGACGACCACAUGGCACAACUGAAGGAGCAGAUGCAGAUGUGUGUCAAGGAG